AGCUAGGGACACCUGUCCUGGUAAAUGUGUAUAUUUAUGAUGACUCAUUAGACAAGGCAAAAUGGGAGUAGGCAAGAAAGUGUGGUGACAAUGGCGACCCCAAAACAGAUGAUGGGAGAGACGCAGCUGUCGAUGAGCAUGAAGAGCUCCGGCGGCCUCGGCUAUGCCGGAGCCGGCAGCCCGAUGGCGGAGGACAGGGACGAGGACAUUACGAGAUCGGCCCUCUCCGCCUUUCGGGCCAAGGAGGAAGAUAUCGAGAGGCGGAGGAGGGAGGUGUCCGAGAAAGUGCAGGCACAACUCGGCCGUGUUGAGGAACAAACUAAGCGUUUGGCUGAUAUCAGAGAGGAGCUAGAAGGGUUUGGUGAUCCAGUGGGAAAAGAAGUCGCUGCUGUUCGGAAGAGGAUCGAUGUGGUUAGCCGAGAGUUGAAGCCGAUGGGACAAACCUGCCAAAGAAAGGAAAAGGAAUAUAAAGAAGCUUUGGAGGCAUUUAAUAUGAAGAGCAAGGAAAAAGCUCAAUUAAUCUCGAAAUUAAUGGAAUUAGUGAGCGAAAGUGAGAAGCUCAGAAUGAAGAAAUUGGAGGACUUGAGCAAGAGCUUAGACUCUCUACGCUAAUCACAAUCUAUUUUUUAAUCCCAAUCUUUUAAUUACCACUACCAAUUUGUUGAUUUCUUUUUUUUAAAAAAAAAAAAAAACUUUUUGAAAUCAUGAUCAUAUGUAUCAAAUGUGUGUACAUUUUGUCGUUCCAAGUUUGACAAAGUGAUGGCAAGGUUCAAUUAUCGACCGACAAAAGAGUGCUUUGAAUUUGACUUUUCCUUUUUUUAAUGGGAUUUGAACAUUAUUUCAAUUAAUUUCCUGUCGUUUGAUGCAAUGGAGCAUUUGUUUGGAAAAAGAAAGAUAUUCAAUGUGAAAAGUCAUCCGAAUUUGUCCAUCAUCAUCUUCUUUCUCCUUUAGUGCCGAUUGAACCAAAACAGGAGUAUCACCCGAGUUCUUUGCCAAAGUCCUACAUGGAUUUAAUUUAGUUUCUUCUCCAAUUAAAUCAAGGUAACCAGAACAACGACAAUCUGCUCGACGCCGCCACGUAUGCUUUUUAUGGUGCAAUUUCUCCAGCAGAUAGCAAAUGUGCCAAUGUUUUAGCCGCCUCCUCUACCACCACCAUGACUGUUGGGCGGUGCUCCUUGGACCACACGGCAAGAAGGAGAGCAAAUCCCAUUCUAAGUGGGAUUGCUCUUGAUUUGUUUCCUUGUUCAUAUUUAGUGAUUUGUUUCCUUGUAGGAAUAGAAUUCCUUUUGUGUUUUGGUCUUUAUCCUCUCCUAUAAAUAAAGGAGAAACUCCUUG